GUCGAUCGAUCGUCACAACAUCAUUCAGUCUUAACGAAGACGUCAUAAGUUACCCAUUGGACUGCCGACGGUCAUUUUGUUGAAUAGUGAACAUAGUUUAUUUAGUUGUUAUAAAGUUUAUUCUAAAUAAUUUAUCAAAAAGUUAUCAAUUUUAUUUACUAGUGUUAAUGAAUAUUAUUCAAGUUGAGUGCAAAUUGGUGAUUUCUUACUGAAAAAUAUUUACAAUUUUAGUACUUAAGUUCUAAAAGUUAACUAGACUGGAAAACGUGACAUGACGGUUACUACCAACUACUCCAUAAUGAGACCAUGUUUUUCUGGAUAUCCUUUUCAAGAUCUUGGAUCGAUACCAGGACAAGGGCGAGUAAAUCAGUUGGGGGGUGUAUUUAUCAAUGGUCGACCACUUCCAAAUAAUGUACGGUUAAAAAUCGUUGAGUUGGCGGCUCAAGGAGUGAGGCCAUGCCACAUAUCAAGACAAUUAAGAGUAUCACAUGGAUGCGUGUCGAAGAUUUUAAAUCGAUAUCAGGAAACUGGAAGCAUCAGACCAGGCGUAAUUGGCGGAAGCAAACCUCGUGUAGCAACUCCAGAAGUAGAAAAUAGGAUUGAAGAAUACAGAAGAGGUAAUCCGAGUAUAUUUUCAUGGGAAAUUCGUGAUAGAUUAAUCAAGGAUGGCGUUUGUGAUCGUACUAGUGCACCAAGUAUAUCAGCUAUUUCUAAAUUAUUGAGAGGACGAAAUACUGAAGAAGAAACUACAACGAAAUUAGCCGACGGAAAAACUAGCUCAGGAUCUGAUUGCGAAAGUGAACCAGGUAUACCAUUGAAGAGAAAACAGCGUAGAAGUAGAACUACAUUUACUGCUAAUCAAUUGGAUGAGUUAGAACGAGCCUUCGAAAGAACUCAAUAUCCAGAUAUCUAUACACGUGAAGAAUUAGCUCAAAGAACGAAAUUAACGGAAGCACGGAUCCAAGUUUGGUUUAGUAAUAGACGGGCGAGACUAAGAAAACAAUUGUCGUCAACCUCGUCUAGCGGCUAUGUCACGUCUGUACCAUAUCCUACAGCUGCAACUUCUUAUAUCUUGCAUCCACCAGUAUCUUCAGGGCAUUCUCACGCGGCUACUGCGGCUUCGGCUGCUGCUGCUAGUUUACCUGCAUCCAGUCACUCCGUUCAUCCUCAAACCCAUAAUCAAACUAUUCCAGAAACGUCGUAUCCAUCAAGCCAAGAUAUAUAUGGAUCUACUCAUCAUACUGAUGUAUCGCAUCAAUUAGCAGCAGCUGUUGAAUCUAACCGAUUAACAUCAGCAAGUGUUUCUUCGGCGUCUAGCUAUGUUCUUCCAACGUCGGUGACUUAUCCUCCGAGUUCAUUAUUGACUCCAGUCUCAACUCCGGCAUCCACCCACCAUGUGACUCACCAUCAAGUCUCGCCAGUUGCUCCAACAUCAACAGCUUACCAGCAGCCAACACAUCAUCAAUUGCCUCCAACUCCAAACUCUCUUGUCACCAUGAUGGGUCCUAAUUCAGCCAACUCCAACCCCACUUCAGACCAACUGACAUCUAAUGAACUAUCAAUUGGUUCUGUUUCGCCGAUUCAUCAGCAUCAUCAACAGCAACCAUCACGUCAGCAUCAACAAACACAGUCUGGUCAAGGAAGUGAUUCUCCACCAUCGUGGAAUUUGCCCAUCACUCCUGGAUCUCGUGUUGGUCUUCCACCAAGUCCACCUUCCAAUCUUCAACAAUCACUCUCCCAUAGCUCUCAUCAUCAUCAUCAUCCUCAAGCAUUCGCGAGUUAUACUUCGUCAGGCUUUCAGCAAUCACCCAGACCUGUUACUACUCAUCAACCAUUCUACGGCUGGUAUUGAUAGCAAUUUAAUUAGAUGUGUAAGUGGUGAAAGUGAAUAAAAAAUGAAUGAAUUAUUCAUUCAUUUUUCGGUAAUGAUUUCAGCAAUAAUUAUAAUAAGUGAAUUGUAAUAUAGCAUGACGUGUACACUGAGACAAAAAUUUUGUUAAAUGAAAGAAUUUU